AUCUGCCUUUGGGUCGGCCCCAUAUAAAGAUGAUGGAUGUGCAGAGCUCUUAAGUCAGCAGCUUUCGCUGGCUUUAGACUCUUUAAAAAACCAAAUAAAUAUAUUUGUAGUUUUUAAUGAUAUAAGACACUUGCGGGCAACUUGGUGUAUCAGAGAGGAUUCACUUGUGUUACUUCAUGGAGGAGCAGCGGGGUGGGGCUGGAGCGAGCGGCUCCGCGUCUCAGGUGCAACAGUGAAAUGUAAAACGUAGCCACGAGCAAGGAGCUGGGUCUGAAUCACGCGGGGUGCCGGGAACUAAAGCGGAAGGAGAAGAUCCCCAGUGUGCCGUGCUGCUUCUAGUGGGAUGUGACAAAAGACCUGAAAUCAGGGAGAGAAAAAUGAUGAUCCUGGAAUUUGGCUCUGGCUGUCAGGGGUGACGAAAAGCGCCGGCAACGCCUCCCGCCCGGGCUAUAAAGGGCUCAAGGCAGGGGGAAGCGAGCACUCGCUGCCUGCGCUGCCGAGCCGGGUGUCUCUCGCCAGCCCUCCAGCCCCGCCAGCCUUGGCCAUGAGCACCACCACUGUCAGGCAAUACUCCUCCUCCACCUCCCUCAAGGGACUCGGUGGCCUGGGCGGGGGCUCCAGCAGGCUUUCCUCCGUGCGCGUGGGGGGCGCAGGGUACAGAGCCCCCAGCGUCCACGGAGCCUCUGGCAGCUACUCUGUCUCUUCCCGCAUCGUCUCGGGGCUCGGCAGUGGCUAUGGGGGCAGCUACUGCAGCAGCGUAGGAGGGGGCCUCGGCAGCGCCUUUGGGGGCAGCUAUGGGGCCGGCUUCGGGGCCGGCUUUGGGGGCGGCUUUGGGGGCGGCUUUGGGGGUGGCGAUGGCAUCCUCCCGGCUGGCGAAAAGGAGACGAUGCAGAACCUCAACGACCGCCUGGCUGCCUACCUGGACAAAGUGCGUGCCCUGGAGGAGGCCAACACGGACCUGGAGGUCAAGAUCAGGGAAUGGUACAAGAAGCAGGGACCUGGUCCAGACCGCGACUACAGCCCCUACUACAGGACCAUCGAGGAGCUCAGGAACAAGGUGGAUGCUGCCAUUAACACAUCGGGGUGUCUUAAAGCGGCGCUGGAGGGCACCUUGGCCGACACCGAAGCCCGCUACGGCACCCAGCUGGCCCAGCUGCAGGCGCUGAUCACCAGCGUGGAGGAGCAGCUGGGCGAGCUGCGCUGUGACAUGGAGCGCCAGAACCACGAGUACAGGGUCCUGCUGGACGUCAAAUGCCGCCUGGAGCAGGAGAUCGCCACGUACCGCCGGCUCCUGGAGGGCGAGGACGCCCACAUGUCUUCCCACUACAUCUCGCAGUCUGUGAAAGAAGCACCUGUAACGACCCGCCAAAUCCGCACCAUCUUUGAGGAGGUGCAGGAUGGGAAGGUGAUUUCCUCCCGUGAGCAGAUCACCCAGUCUGCCCACUGAGGGGGCUGCGUGGUUUGCUGCAAACCUCGCAGAGCAGCGCAAAAGAAGGUUCCGGCUUGUGUGCUCUGGCUACGUAGGUCACGAAAAGCGUCGUCUCUUCUCAUCACACCCCCGCUUCCC